GGACAAGAAAGCGAGGGGUCGUCGAACACGAGGGCAGGCUCUACUCUCUACCGCCUUCGCUCGCUGUCGUGUCCUCGCGAUUCAUCGUGUUGAGUUGCUUGGCGCUGCUAUUGUUGCGGCUACCCUGAAGUUGAUCAGAUCCAUUACCAUUCUAAUGCAACCUCCGAAGCUCCCUCCGCAGUAGUGAAGCUCCCUCGGACGGUUUGGCCGACGCGCGAACCCUUCUGUAUACACCAUGACCCUGGAGCCUUCUCCUAGCCUACCGAACCCCCUUCGCGACGCAUAAUACCGUCAUGUCACGACUCCCCGGCUCUCUUCGAUCGGGCCCUAACGGCACGGGAGGUUAUACGAAUGGAUUCUCCAGCAAUGGUGGUUACGGGAACUUUGGGGCGGUGGACGAUGAAUAUGGCUCUCAACGGCGGCCCAGCGGCGAAUCGCGUCGCAACCGCCGCCCUGGUGGCUACGGGGCUUUCUCCCCUGCAGAGCCGCAAGAAGACGAUACUCCACAUGUGCAAAGGCCCACAAGCUUAGAACGGUCGCGAGCCACGCAGCGUAGGAGCAGAGAUGGAAGCUAUGGAAGUGACUCCAGUCAGAGUAGAAGCCAAACUGCCCCUGGCGCCGGCCGCUUUGGAGCAGGGAGUCACCAGAUGGAAGAGAUUCUGCGGUAUAUACAGCAGAACUGGGACUUCAUGACCAACGAGAAAUGUGUCCCAGUUCAAAUCUCGCUCAAGCUGUUAGAUCCGAGCUCUCUGGGGCUUGCAAAGGAUUAUGAUCGAUUCCAACAAACCCACCAAGAGCUGCAGCGUGCGCUCAAGGCCAUUGUGAACGAGCACCAUCAGGGUUUUAACAGCUCCAUUGGCACAUUCCACAAAAUCCAAAGAAGCAUCCAGGAGUCGCAGUACCGUGUCAGGAACCUCAAAGACUCGCUCACACAAGCGAAAUCCCAUCUUUCCACAACAAAGCCUGAAUUGAAGGAGUUCGCAACAGCCUCACAGAACUACGACGAGAUGAUCCAGGUGUUGAACAUAAUAGAACAACUGCAGCUUGUACCUGACAAGCUGGAGGCCCGCAUCUCUGAAAAGCGUUUCUUGACCGCUGUCGACAUUCUCCAGAAUGCUCUACGGAUGAUACGGAAGUCGGAAAUGGAGAAUAUCGGCGCCCUCAGUGACCUACGGAUAUACCUCAGUAACCAGGAGCAUUCCCUAACGGACAUCUUAAUCGAGGAGUUACAUAACCAUCUUUACUUAAAAUCACCAUAUUGUGAGGAUAGGUGGAAAGUGUACGCCCAGAACCAAUCCAAAGGCGAGUUGUCGGAACGUGCUCAGACGGAUGUUAGGGGAAGACUUUUGUACCACUUCCUGGAUAAGCUAGAUACCUCUGAGCCGAUGACGGACGAUUCUCCUCGAAACCCAGAAGCGGACACAUUCCAAUACAUACAACUUGUCGUUGAAUCCCUCAACCGUAUGAACCGCUUGGACAUAGCCGUGGAUACUAUCGAGCAGCGCCUGCCCGUCGAGCUAUUCAAGGUGGUUGAAAAGUCAAACAACGAGGUUUCACAGAGACACCCUAGUAUACUGCAAGCAUACGCUACGCGUAAAGGCGGGAAGUCUGAUACGGACGUCCACAGUGAGGACCUCCGAACCGGCCUGCUCAAUGACCUGCUGUGGACACUAUAUGCCCGAUUUGAGGCCAUUGCAGAAAGCCAUCGAGUGAUCCAUGAUGUUGUCGCCGGAAUUGUUCGUCGAGAAGGCAUUCGAGAUUCGUCGAGUGUAGCGUUGACUCGAGGGUUUAAGGAGUUGUGGAAACUAUACCAGAGCGAGAUGCGCUCACUCCUCCAUGACUAUCUCGCAACAGACGGUGACCUCUUGUAUAGUGGUGGCCAAGGCCAAACGCCCACAGGCAGCGUCUUCUCCCGCGCGCCCCGGGACAGAAACAAGCGAAUGUUCAAGCUCUCGGACAUGGACACUAAAUCUUCCGAACUCACUACUGAGCGCGAAGACCUCGAAUUCAUCCUAAAGUCCUCAGUCCCGGGCCUCGUCUCCGAUUCUAAAAGACCGGACGAUCUCUCCGCUAACAACGCUACCAAUCUCGAUGGUAGCGCAACCGGCCACAAACUCCUCGUCGAGCCCAGCGUCUUCAACAUGGGCAUUCUCCUCCCACCCUCCCUAGACUUCCUCAACAGACUUAAAGAAGUCGUACCCCCCGGCUCCGACAUCGUCAUGAGCACGCUGACCUCCUUUCUCGACGACUUCCUCGUCAACGUCUUCCACCCGCAACUCGAAGAAACUCUCAUCGAACUCUGCGCGCAGACCUUCAUCGAGAUCGACGCGUUCCAGCCGGAGCCGCAAUGGGCGCAGCAUUCCAAAAAGCCCAUCUUCAAGGGCACGGCGAAGUUCUUCACCCUGAUCACCGCUUUCUGUAAAAUGUUGGAUAAUCUUCCGCACGAUCAGGCGUUCAGUCAACUCAUCAUCACGCAAAUGCAGACGUAUUACGACAAGUGCUGUGGAUGGUAUAAAGCGCUUGUGAGCCGCAGUCAAGCUAAGCAAAACGGGAGAAGAAUAAAAGCAUCUGCCGCCCUCGCCGAAUCCGGAGAACUGUCAGAUGUCGUAUCUUCGCUCUUCCAGGCCGAACCUGAUAAAGCAGCCGAAUUGGUAGAAAAAGAGAUCACUCUUUUGAUAAAGGAAGUCGAAGAAGAUUCGAUCGACGAGGCAGAUUUGAUACGCGAUAAAAAGAGCAUUACGAGUUUGUGUCUGCUGUAUACGAGCAUGAAAUGGCUCGCCACAAAGGUCGCUCAACUCCGGCAUAUUAGCGACCGUGCGACGGAUUCCUCGAAUGCAGAGCCAGGGAAUCCAAGACAUAAUCGGCGAUGGACACUUCUUACAUCGACAGAACCGCGCACAGAAGGUGUGCCGGUGUAUCUUCCGUUGAAUAAGGAAACUGCUUCCGCAUUCGACCAAGUAGUAACCUCCUACCUCUCCCUCAGCACCCUCAUCCUCCGCACUCUACAUAUCUCCCUUCGCACCCUAAUCCUGCAUUCCCUCGCCGUCACCUUCUCCCCCCAACCCUCCACCUCCACCAACUACCUCCUCACGCUCCCCCAACCCGAGCCCUCCCCGGGCAUUAUCUCCUUAAACACGCUCCUCAUAAACAUCGACACCCAGCUCCAACUCCACAUCCCCACCACUCAAAUCCCCCUACUAACAGCCCACCUCUCACCCCUCCUUGAUACCGCCUUCCUCUUCCUUACCACCACCCAUAUAAAGGCACUAAACGGCAACGGGUGUGCGCUUAUGCAACUCAACAUCCUCGUGCUCCAACAAAACCUAAAGAAUAUCUCAUCGUCGUCAAAAGCCACAAUGCCUUAUUCAGCGCUGUAUUUUGAUUUGUUUACAGCAGGCCCGGAUGCUGUAAUUUCGAGAGCGCGGGAAUAUGGGAGGGGGUUUGGGGUGCCGGGGGAGAGGUUUGGGUAUGAGGUUGUUAAGGGACUGGUGGAGUUGUGUUAUUCUGAGAAGUUGGGGAGCGAGAGACGGGAGGUGGGAGUGCAGGCGAAGAGGAAGUUGGAUGAGGGGUUGUUGGAGAUCAGUGAGGCUAUGUACUAGGCCGAGAAGGCCGAGGGGGAGUUGUAGGUUAGAAGUGCGUAAUAUUGAGUUUGGUUUGGAGCCGUGUGUGUACGUGUGGGUGAUGAUUUAUGCCUUGCACUAAUGGUAGCGUGGAGUUGAGACACAUGGGUUGAGGGAGGAUUUGUGAGGUUUUGUUCAUAUUGAGGCAUUUGCU